AUGCGUUUCUCGACUCUCCUCCCCCUCGCUCUGGCGGCCGUUCCCGCUGUUUCUGCGGUUGGGAAACUGGGAUUUGCUCUCGGUGUCAAGAACGCGGACGGCUCCUGCAAAUCACAGGCGGAUUUUGAGAAGGAUUUCGAUGUGCUCAAGGCCCAUGCAGAUAUUGUUCGAACAUACGCUGCGGCUGACUGCAACAAUGCUGAAGCCAUUGUGCCUGCUGCGAAGAAGAAGGGAUUCAAACUCGUCUUGGGUAUUUGGCCUGAUGUCCCAGAGUCUUUCGAUGCGGAUACAAAGGCUUUGCAGAAGGCCAUUCCAGGAAACGAGAAUGUAAUCACUGCGAUUACAGUUGGAUCGGAGACUCUAUACCGUGGUAACUUCACUGGCCAGGAACUUCUGCAGAAGAUCAACCAAGUCCAAAAGAUGUUCCCCAAGGUCACCGUGGGCACUGCGGACAGCUGGAACAAAUAUGCCGAUGGUACUGCUGAUCCACUCAUUGCGGGUGGUGUUAAGUUCUUGCUUGUCAAUGCUUUCGCUUACUGGCAAGGACAAGACAUUAACAAUGCGACCGCCACCUAUAUUGAUGACAUGAUGCAGGCCAUCACUCAUAUCCAGAAAAUUGCCGGAAGCAAUGCUGACAAGAUUAAGAUCGCCACCGGAGAGACUGGCUGGCCAACUGACGGAGGAAGUGACUUCGGAGCUGCCAAAGCUGGAACUGCAAAUGCCAAAAAGUUCCAUGACACCGGUGUCUGCGCGAUGCUCAAGUGGGGUGUUGACGUUUUCUACUUCGAGGCCUUUGACGAGCCAUGGAAGCCCAAGAGCAUUGGCGACAAUGGCAAAGCUGCCGAUGAGACCCACUGGGGCAUGUAUACCGCAGACCGCCAGCCGAAAUUCAAGGUUGAAUGCUAG